CUCAUCGAUCUAGUGGCGGCUCUCGCACGAUCCCGGGUGGCAGAGUGAAAAUGUUGACAGUCGUGGGCGCCUUGGUGGUCAUCUGCAUACUCUUCCUUCUCUACGAAUGGUGGCCCUAUUGGAAACAGGGAGCUAUGCUGAAGAGCAUGCCUGGUCUCACCCCGAGUGUGAUACCGUGGAUGAAUUGGAUCUAUAUGCUCACGUCUCUUCGGAAAUUCAAGGGAGGCGGAGACAUGAGCUCCGCGUUCUUCAACUUUCGACACGAGCUCUUCGCGCGAUAUAGAAAAGAAGGGAUAUUCAAGACCUGGAGCUCUUAUGACGGAGGUCCGACAAUAUGUGUGUUCCGCGCGGACCUCGUCGAAGAUGUCAUCAAAUCCCCCAGUUUCUCCACAAAAUCCAUCGAAUACGAAUUAAUCCGCGAUUGGCUAGGAAAAGGGAUACUGACAAGUCACGGCGCUCAAUGGAAAGCACAGAGACGUCUGCUCACGCCCACGUUCCAUUUCUCGAUUCUUGAUGAAUACGAGAACUCAAUGAAUUCCCAUUUCUUGAAAAUCGUCCAAAACAUGAGGGACCAUCCGGAGAUCCAGAAAAACGUGGAGCUCAGCGAAUGGGCCACCGACUGCACAAUGGCAGUACUCCUUGAAACAGUAAUGGGCUUGGAGGUCGAUGAUCCAGAAUGCGCCGAUAGCAGGGAAUACGUCCAGGCUGUGAACAGCGCGGCGCUCCUCUUCAGCCUGAGAUUCCUGAAGCCAUGGCACAAAUGGGAUUAUUGCUUCUACAACUCGUCCGAGGGAAAGAGUUAUCUGGAAGCUGUGGAUAGACUGCAUGCUUUCAGUCAGAAGGUUAUCGCGAAGAAGAUUCGGGACUUGACAGCUGACCCGUCGCUGAUUGGAGUCCGUCCCGGAAAAAAACAAUCGUUCAUUGACAUGCUCGUUUCCUUGCACCUGCAAGGAGAACAGAUCUCCGUCCAAGAAAUGAAGGAACAAGUAGCAACAUUCAUGUUCGCCGGACACGACACGACCGGAUGGGCGAUAGCUUGGACGUUGUACCAAAUCGGCGUCUACCCUGAUGUGCAGGCCAAGGUCCAUGAAGAGCUUGACAUGGUUUUCGGAAGAGACAUGACCCGUCACACGACAGCGGACGAUCUCAAGAGACUGGAAUACUUCGACCGGGUUCUGAAGGAAUGCCAACGAAUCUACGGCUCCGUUCCUUUCAUAUCCCGGCAAUGUACCGUGGACGUCCAGCUGAUUUCAGGCAAAUAUGAGAUUCCGAGGGGAGCGACCAUCACGAUAGCGAUACAUUAUAUACAUCGAGAUCCUGAAGUGUUCCCAGAGCCGGAGACAUUCGAUCCGGACCGAUUCCUGCCCGAAAACGUCCGAUGUCGACACCCUUACUCGUACAUUCCAUUCUCGGCCGGGCCGAGGAAUUGCCUCGGACAGCGUUUCGCUCUCCAAGAGUUGAAGAUCUCACUUGUGAAUAUCUUGAGGAAUUUUAAAAUCAAAAGCAACAGACCUUUGAGUGAAAUCAAUAUUGCCGGCGAGCUCAUUCUUAGAGCGAAGGAUGGCCUCUACGUAGAUUUCAUUCCGCUCGACUACAUCAUGCUCUUCUCCAUUUCAGUUGUGGUACUGCUGGUGACGGUUUCCUUGUGUCUCGUGGGAUGGCAGUCGUAUUGGAGAGCGCGGAAAAUGCUCAUGAACAUGCCCGGUCCCACACCCAGCAUCCUGCCGUGGUUGAAUCCAAUCUACUUGCUCGUCUCGUUGUUGAAGUUUAAGAAAGACGGAGACUCAAGCGUGGCGUUCUUGAAGCUGCGCAGCGACCUUGCCGAAAGACAUCGAUCUGAAGGGAUCUCCAAACUUUGGACUUCACCUGAUGGGGGACCGUUAAUCUUAGUGUUCCGUGCGGAUCUCCUGGAAGAGCUCCUGAGAUCACCGAGCUUCGCGAAGAAAUCUGUUGGAUACAGUCAGCUCCACCAUUGGCUCGGCAACGGCCUCCUGUCGAGUCAUGGCGCUGAAUGGAAGUCUCAGAGACGCAUGCUCACUCCUUCAUUUCAUUUCUCCAUCUUGCGAGAAUACGAUGGUCCAAUGAACAGCCAUUCUUUGCGACUUGUCGAGGAAAUGAAGGCUCAUCCAAAACUCCGGAAGAACAUCGAGCUCGGUGAAUGGGCAACCAACUUUACGAUGGCUAUCCUACUCGAGACGGUCAUGAGUCUGGAGCAUGACGACCCAGCGUUCGCUGAUCGCAGAGAAUAUAUCGAUGCUCUGGGCGAAACAACGUGCGCAUUCGUUCAGAGAUCCACGGUACCAUGGUACAAGUGGGACUGGCUCUACUUCAACACACCCGACGGGAAGCGAUAUCUGAGCGCAGUGGACAGGCUCCACUCAUUCAGCGAAAAGGUGAUCGAGAAGAAGAUCAAAGACUUCACCGCUAAUCCGAGUCUGAUGGAAAAUCGUCCCGGGAAGAAACAAUCGUUUAUCGACUUGCUCGUUUCUCUCCAUCUCAAGGGAGAACAGAUAUCGGUCAAAGAAAUGAAAGAGCAAGUUGCAACAUUCAUGUUUGCGGGCCACGACACGACCGGAUGGGCAACAGCCUGGUCGUUGUACCAAUUGGGCAUCUUCCGAGAUGUGCAAGCCAGAGUUCAUGAGGAGCUGGACAUGGUUUUCCAAGGAGACACGACCCGCCACGUGACGACGGAAGAUCUCCAGAAACUGGAAUACUUCGAUCGAGUUCUGAAGGAGUGCCAAAGACUCAACGGCUCGGUUCCCUUCGUUUCACGGCAGUGUACUGUCGACGGAGCCAGUCUCGGAAAAUACAAGAUCCCGAAAGGCGCAACUAUGACCAUCGCCAUUCGUUAUCUGCAUCGAGAUCCGAGAGUUUUCCCUGACCCGGAGAAGUUCGAUCCUGACCGCUUCCUGCCGGAAAACGUCCGGGGCAGACACCCUUAUGCGUACAUUCCGUUUUCGGCAGGAGCGAGGAAUUGUAUCGGACAACGCUUCGCACUUCAGGAAUUGAAGAUCUUAUUGGUGAAUAUUCUGAGAACCUUCCAGAUCGUGAGCAGCAAACCGUUGAGCGAAAUCCAGAUUGCUGGAGAGCUGAUCCUCAGAGCGAAGAGCGGUCUUCAUGUUGACUUCGUUCCGCGAUGAACGGACGACCGAGGAUUGGAUGAAUGUUCUCAUGGAAACAGCGCUCUUCCUUGUUCUGUGCAGGAAUGCCUUCGGCGCUAAAUAAAUGUCUCA